ACUUCCUGUGUAUGGCGAACACCCGAGCAGCGUUGUCCGCGGCUGCGAGUAGUCCAAGAGUGUUGUCGAGUGGGUGUUAAACGUUCGCAGAGCCGUAUUGAAUCCGUUCAAUGUUAAAUCGUGAGUUAUAGGUAAUUAGUUUAUCGAGGAUACAGUGUGAACAGAUAAUGAUUAACAUGGAAACGGACAAAGUAAUCGAGGACCCGAACACGUAUAGUCAGUUUCCAAUGACGAUACUCUACGAUCCAGCUCGCAAGAAAGAACCGCCGACUGGUGUUUCUGCUCAGUAUACCCAGGAGCGGGAAACUUGUAUGAAAUUAUUUGAGAGAUGGAGCGAACCGGAGCAAGUGCAUUUUGUCGAGCAGCUGCUAGCAAGAAUGUGCCACUAUCAACACGGCCAUAUAAACGCCUACCUAAAGCCGAUGCUACAGAGAGACUUCAUAUCCCUUCUACCGAAGAAAGGCCUGGACCAUGUAGCUGAGAGCAUUCUAUCGUACUUGGAUGCAGACUCUUUGUGCGCUGCGGAAAUGGUCUGCAAGGAAUGGUACAGAGUAAUAAGCGAAGGGAUGCUGUGGAAGAAGCUGAUCGAGCGAAAAGUUAGGACCGACUCGCUGUGGAGAGGCUUGGCUGAAAGGAGAGGCUGGAUCCAGUAUUUAUUCAAGCCAAGGCCGGGAGAAAGUCAUCCGAAUCAUGCAUUCUACAGAACUCUAUUUCCGAAAAUAAUCAAGGACAUAGACAGCAUAGAAAACAAUUGGCGGAUGGGUAGGCACAAUCUGCAGAGAAUAAAUUGUCGCAGUGAGAAUUCGAAGGGUGUCUAUUGCCUGCAGUAUGACGACCAGAAAAUCGUAUCAGGUUUGAGAGACAACACGAUAAAAAUAUGGGACCGGAACACACUACAGUGCAUCAAGGUUCUCACAGGGCAUACGGGAUCGGUUCUUUGUCUCCAGUAUGACGACAAAGCUAUCAUAUCUGGAUCGUCGGAUAGCACUGUUAGAGUAUGGGAUGCCAAUACAGGGGAAAUGCUCAACACACUUAUUCAUCACUGCGAAGCCGUUCUACACUUACGCUUCAACAACGGAAUGAUGGUCACAUGUUCAAAGGACCGAUCGAUCGCAGUGUGGGACAUGACUUCGCAAACGGAAAUAACAUUGCGCCGUGUAUUAGUGGGUCACAGAGCAGCUGUAAAUGUUGUAGAUUUUGAUGAGAAGUACAUAGUGUCGGCGAGUGGCGAUAGAACUAUUAAAGUGUGGAACACGUCCACCUGUGAGUUUGUGCGAACAUUAAUUGGACACAAACGGGGUAUAGCGUGUUUGCAAUAUAGGGAUCGCCUAGUAGUCAGUGGUAGCAGCGAUAACACGAUUAGACUAUGGGACAUUGAGUGUGGUGCGUGUUUAAGAGUUCUCGAGGGUCAUGAGGAGCUGGUACGAUGUAUCAGGUUCGACAGUAAACGGAUCGUCAGUGGGGCUUAUGACGGAAAAAUCAAAGUCUGGGAUCUCGUCUCAGCUCUCGACCCCCGAGCACCAGCAAGUACCCUCUGCUUGCGUACUUUGGUGGAGCACACCGGACGCGUUUUCCGCCUUCAGUUUGACGAGUUCCAGAUUGUUUCGUCAUCUCAUGACGAUACCAUCCUCAUUUGGGACUUCCUUAACUUCAGCCCUCCGGAAGGGACACCGGCCAAUGCCAACACAUCGAUCAAUACGUCAUUGGCUAAUCAAUCUAGUACCACCAGAUCUCCCUCACCAUUUGAGUGACGCAUCUGCAAGCAGAUUCCUUUAUUGUGAUAUGACUACACGUGGUUAGUGAGUGAAUUUAAUGUGUUCACAAUAGUACAUGCGGAGAAUGAAGAUCCAGUGUUAAAUAUGACCAGAGCCUAAACAGACAAGACUUCUCUAAAAGACUCAGCGCUAAUGACUUUUGUGUUUAUCAUUUGCCGUGAAAAGCAAAGAAAUUCUAUAUAUAACGUGAAACGAGGAACGUGGAUGAAAUGAAAACAAAAACAAAAGCAAAAAAAAAAAACAAAAAAAAAAGUAAAGUAAUGAUGGUACCGACUGCUAUGCUAUGAAUUCAUUUAUACGUGCUCCGCACACUGUAGUAUAGUAUGUACUAGGAAACGAUACGAUUAAGGUAUUAUAAUUAACGUUUAUACAUCCCAUGGAUGUACACGAAUAUUGUCUGGUUUCGGCGAAUACCUGGAAUUCUUCUACGCUCUAUGUCACGAUAGAAGAUGACCAUUUUCCUAUUAAUGAAAAAGAAGAAGAAGAUGAAGCUGGAGGAGGAGGAGGAGGAGGCAGAGAAGAAGAAGAAGAGAGCGCUGAAGAUGAAAGAAAAGACUUGAAAUACGCGACAAAGUUAGAGCGCUUUUAGGGAAGCUGGAUAUACCUAAUAGGCAAAAAGAAAAAAAAAAAAGAAAAAAAGAAAAAAAUAGAUGUAUUAUAAUAAAUUAAAUUUUUUUUUUUUUAUGUAAUUAAUUUAUAGGUGAGGAAAUCGCAGAAUAUCGUUUGAUCAGAGUACUUAUUCGGUGUGCAUGGAAUUUAAUUUGAGAAAGAAUUAUUAUUGUAGUUUAUUAUAUACUUAUUUUAGUGUCUUUUGCGAUUAGCUAAACUGUAUUUGCUAUUUAUUUAGCAAAAUAGGUACCUACACUGACACCCCCAUUGAUCUCAUUCGAAAUUAACUGGAUUAUAAAAAAGAUGAGAACAAAAGAAACCAUUACCAUAUAGCCAUUGCCACAUCACAAAGCCAGUUAUAUUUAAGGUUUCCCUACAAUGGAAAUUGAUCCAACCAUCUUUGUGUGAUUUUACUCUACGUCAUUUGAUAAUAUAAUGUACGAAUAUAUAGAAUACAAUAUAUUCAUUGGCAUAUUGUAUUGACGGCAAUGUGUCCCCAACUCUCGGCACUGUAGUCCGACCAAUAGAUAAGUAUCGGUUUAUAGUUUUUUUUUUUUUUUUUUGAAGGAAAAGAGAAUAAAAAAAAACCAUCGAAACAGGUGUCAGUCUCUAAUUCUUAGUAUCCAAUUAAUUUGUGUAUCAAAGGCAAUUAUAUAAUAGUUACAAGGAUCCAAGUGUAUAUAAUGAUUAAUAAUGACAAUCUUCUUUUCUAGUAUGAAAUUUUUUUUGCGUUAUCACAUAUCAGAAACUUACUACAUUAUUAUUGACAUAAUGAAGAUUGACUUUACGUCGUACCAAGUUGCAAUUUUGUGUUCGCCAUACUAUCUUCAUCGGAUAAGUGAAAACUUUUUUUUUUUCAAGCAGUAAAAUAAUAUUACAAAAAAAAAAGAUUAAAAAUUAUGUUAAUCGUCAAAUAAGGUCGAGGCUUCGUUUUUGAAAAUGAUUCAAAGAUGGUUGAUACACAUUCCUUUUGUGAAACGAUUCUAGAUUAUAUCUGCAAUAAACAAUAACGAUGACCGAAAUUUUUACAUAUACAUAUUAUAUAGUUAUUAAAAAGUAUCCUAAUACAUUUAAAUACAAUGUCCUAUCCAGUUAAUCAGUGUAACAUAAUGAAGUUCAUAAGAUCGACGAUUUGAAACAAUUUUGUAUGAAAGAUUUUCAAUCCUACAGAUCAGUAAUCAAUUCGACGAAUCGCAAAUUGUUCUAAAACAAUAAAUAAAUUAUCACGAUACCUGUUAAAACCA